AUCCCACUUCUUGGGAUUUUGAUCCAUUUUCUCUAAGUGUGGAUGGGGAUAAGCUGAGAGGACGUGGAACAACAGAUUGUCUGGGACAUGUGGCACUCGUGACACAGCUGAUGAGAAGGUUGGGGGAGACAAAGCCAGCUCUAAAAAGCACAGUAGUGGCUGUGUUUAUUGCAAAUGAAGAGAAUUCAUCUGUACUUGGGAUUGGGGUUGAUGCGCUUGUUAAGGAUGAGCUUCUUGAUAAGCUGAAGAACGGACCUUUGUUUUGGAUUGAUACUGCAGACAAACAACCAUGUAUAGGGACUGGAGGCAUGAUAGCAUGGAGACUUCGAGCUACAGGGAAGCUUUUCCACAGUGGUCUUGCUCACAAAGCUAUCAACCCUUUGGAGAUGGCAAUGGAAGCACUUAAGGAGAUACAACUGCGUUUCUAUAGGGACUUCCCUCCACAUCCACAAGAACAGGUCUAUGGCUUUGCCACCCCAUCAACUAUGAAACCUACUCAGUGGAGUUAUCCAGGAGGAGGGGUCAACCAGAUUCCAGCUGAAUGCACGGUGUCAGGGGAUGUAAGGUUAACUCCCUUUUAUAGCACAAAAGAUGUGGUUAAGAAGUUGCAAGAAUAUGUAGAUGACAUAAAUGCUAAUAUAGAUAAACUACCCACUCAAGGGCCAGUGUCAAAAUAUGUCCUUCCGGAUGAAAAUUUGACGGGAAGGCUUUCAAUCAGUUUUGACGAGUCUAUAAUGACGGGAGUUGCUUGUAAUCUUGAUUCUCGGGGCUUCCAUGUGUUGUGCAAAGCAACAGAGUUAGUGGUUGGCCAUGUGAAGCCUUACUCCAUAACUGGAAGUUUGCCACUGAUUCGAGAAUUGCAGGAUGAAGGUUUUGAUGUUCAAACUUCUGGAUAUGGGCUAAUGGCUACAUACCAUGCGAAGAAUGAGUACUGCCUGUUUUCUGAUAUGUGCCAAGGCUUCCAAGUGUUCGUGAGCAUCAUCGCUCAACUGGAAGAGGACAGUAGCUGAUACGUUAAUUAUAUCCAAGGCUUACCUUCAGGCUGUUUGAAUGUUUGUCAUUUUAAUGUUUGGAAAUAUUUUGCCCAGUCUAUGCUAAAUUACCGAAAAUUGUGGGAAUAGAUGGCCAAAUAACUCGACCAUGGUAAAUAACAAGAGGAAGAGAUACCCUUUUAAUAAACCUAUUUUUCGUUGUUUUAUUUAUAAUAAUUUCAAGAGUUGCCUGUUACUUGA